AUGGCGCGGGAUGAGUCCACGCGACUCCAAUGUCGGUUUUACGAGGAGCAGUAUCCCAAUCCGGAGAGUAUGGUCAUGGUGAAAGUCAUUAAUAUAGCUGACAUGGCAGCGGAAGUCAUCUUGCUCGAAUACAAUGACAUUGAGGGUAUGAUCCUCCACUCCGAGCUCUCCCGGCGUCGCAUUCGAUCCAUCAAGAAGCUCAUCCGCGUCAACAAGCUGGAAGUGGUCUCCGUGUUGCGGGUGGACAAGAAGAAAGGGUACAUCGACUUGUCCAAACGUCGCGUUUCCCCUGACGACGUGAUCAAGUGCGAAGAGCGCUACAACAAGGCGAAAGCCGUCCACUCCGUCCUCCGCCACGUCGCCGACAUGCACCACCUCUGGCUCGAGGACCUGUGCAAGAAGGUGGCCUGGCCUCUCUACCGCAAGCACGGGCAUGCCUUCGAUGCCUUCACCAAGGUGUGUGGCCCCUGA